AUGGUAUUAGUUCAUGAUAUUAUGAGUAGAAAGGGCUGGGUGGAGACGUUUCCAGGUGCAAUGGGCAAUAGUCUUGGACAAAAAACGUCUUAUAGUCUUGGCGGAGAGAGCAGUAGAACCCGAAUUGAAUCAGUAAUAGAGGCACUUCGCAAAGUUGCAGAUGUUGAGCGACAGCUACGUGAAAACAAAGGCUGUAGCAAGUUUGAUCUGCUGAAUAUAACAUUCGACGAACGGCGAUGGAAAAAAGAGGCGCUUUUGGCCGUGCAAGUUGCUAACUUGAUGACAUCUUUAUGGCGCGUUCCCGGGGAUAAUGGUUAUCCUGUAGCAGCAAACGAUGCUCUGCUUUACCAUUAUGUCCGCUCAAACGUGUUAUUUUCGCCGUCUGUGUUCGGAUCAGCGAUCUGUUUUGACAACAAUUCGUACAAAAACUACACACGAUUUUGCCCGUACGCCUUCCGAGAUUCCAACCUAAACGGGAGUGUUCAUGUGUUUGAUAUAGCCAAUGGGGAUUUUGACUAUACCACUGAUCUAAACACGCCCUGGUGGCACAAACCAAAAAACAAUGCUCUCACCUUCAAACCCGCAAAAUCCUCCAGCAUAUACGAGGAGCGUUUCAACGCAACCGCGAGAAAGGCGAAAAAAACAGUGGUAGUUCCUCGUGUAACGUUUGAAAGUGGAACCUGGACUCGACCUUAUUUCGACUGCUUUGGAGGCAAGGUUUGGAUGGUCACAUAUCUCGCGCCAAUUUUUAAUGAAACAGAUGAAUUUUUGUAAGUAUCAGUGUUUCCUGUUGAAUUCUGCUGUGUGUUUUAGCUAGAUGCCUUCUGAUUUUAUUGCGUUAAAUUUGCGUGAAAAAUAAACAGAAGAAAGGGAGAGUAAUUUAAAGGUUUCGUUGCCAGGUAUAAUAUUAUUUAUGUUGGCAAUUUAAUCUAUAGAUCGUUUUCACUGUCACGCAACAAAAAAAAAUAAAUUGGAAACCGUCCGGUGGAAGAAGCCAAGAAAAUGACAUGUUAUAAAAGACUAAUUUUUAAACAAUUUGUCAACGUUUCAGGUCUUCGUGGCCGACAGUUUCUGAGUUAUUUGCCGAAACGUUUCACGCACCUUUGUAGAGCUUUGUAUGGAGACGCCAUAUUGAUGCACCGUUUUGGUGCACCAAUAUGGCCCCGGAAAAAGACAAAAACAUCUGGAGUUCACUUUUUCUACAAAAGCUCUUUCUUUUCACUCGAAAACUAGCAUACGCGCGGAUAAACAUAUCGUCCGACACUUGAAAUGGUUAUACUGCUGAAAAUCAACAGGAGAGACUUUUUUUCAAUGAGACAGCAUUCUAAUUUUGGUGUCACGCACUGUGACAACUUGGAAGUUCAAAUUGCUGUAUUUUCGAAAUGAAACAUACUACGGAAAUGGAAACUUGUACAAAGAUUCACUUUUUGUUUAUCGUCAACCUAGUGAAUAUAAGAAUUCGUAAAACCUCGCUAUUUUGACUUUACAAUUUGAUGACGUCACUGUGAAAACCAUCUAUUCUAGUGCGACUGUUUUAUUGCGAUUGCGGAUAAUUCACCCAUCACAACAAGAACUGCUCUAAAAGUACAAUCGGUCAGGUGUUUAUUUUUCUUUUUUGAUUAUAUAGUGGAAUUCUCCGCUUGUCUGCUUAAACUGAACUGCAAAUGUAAAUUUUAACUUGUUAUUUUUAAUAUUUGCAUGCGACUAACAAGUUAAAUAGUCAGAUAUAUUUUGCAUAAUUUACUUUCGUAAGGAUUACACCCGAUUAAUUUUGUUCUGUCCUGCUGAAGUUUGCAUUAUCUGCUUCAAUACAGUUACGACUGCAUUUUUUUUUUCAGUAAGGAGAUGUCAUUUUAGGAACAUUUUGGCACAAAUUUCUUAUAGCACAGAGGGUAGAGUUCUGAAAGAGGCCCGUUCUGUACUAUACUCUUAAGUCUCCCGACAUCCUUUAGCUUACUGUAUUCUAUGCCUAAAUGAUCACAUAAAAUUUGCACCCAGUAGGUGACCACAUCGCAUUUCGCGAUUCCAUUACUACCAUUUAAGUUAAGUAGCCACGAUAGCACGAAAACAAGGAAUAUGCUAUCUUUAAAAGAAUGGGACAAAAUCGUACGAGGAGAACCUCAGAAUUCUUAAAAGAAAACCGUUUAAAUAAAACACUACUUAAAUGGACGAAUGAGACUGAAGUAUUUUCUUUAAGACUUGCAUUUGGAACAUCCAGUGACAUGUUCAACUGCGCCACCUGCAUCAUCAUCAUCAUAUAAUAAUAAUAAUAAUAAUAAUAAUAACAAUUCAUUUAUAUGGCACUUAUUCCUUGAGAGUCCACAAGCGGUUCACACUAAUAAAAAAAUUGAAAAUUUCGGUAAAAAAUAAAAUAUAACUUAAAUAAAAUCUCAGAAUCUUGGGACCAAUCUCUUACAUACCUUCAUAAAAAGGUUUGUUUUAGUUUUCAUCAGGAUAUUUCAUCUGAAUCAUUUAUUUAUUUAUUUAUUUUUUCAAAAAGGAACAAAAACUAAUAUCGGUUUUUACAGCACUAAAUUUCCAAUGGCCGCUUUUUUAAGUUUUUAAAAACCAUACAAUUUUUUUGUUAUCAAAAUAUUGAAGCGGCUUUUAAUUAAAAGCUUGAUAAGAUCCGAAAAACUGACAUGUAAUAAGUGCAUGCCUAAUUAUUACGUUAAGUAGCCACGAUAGCACGAAAACAAGGAAUAUGCUAUCUUUAAAAGAAUGGAACAAAAUCGUACGAGGAGAACCUCAGAAUUCUUAAAAGAAAACCGUUCAAAUAAAACACUACUUAAAUGGACGAAUGAGACUGAAGCAUUUUCUUUAAGACUUGCAUCUGUGACAUCCAGUGACAUGUUCAACUGCGCCACCUGCAUCAUCAUCAUAUAAUAAUAAUAAUAAUAACAAUUUAUUUAUGUGGCGCUUAUUCCUUUAGAGUCCACAAGCGGUUCACAUUAAUAAAAAAAUUGAAAAUUUCCUUUAAAAAAAAUAUAACUUAAAUAAAAUCUCAGAAUCUUGGGACCAAUCUCUAACAUACGUUCAUAAAAAGGUUUGUCUUAGUAUUCAUCAGGAUAUUUCAUGUGCAUCAUUUAUUUAUUGAUUUAUUGAUUUAUUUAUUUUCAAAAAGGAACAAUUUUACAGCGGUAAAUUUCCAACAGGCUUUUUAAAGUUUGUAAAAACCAUAUAAUUUUUUUUUGUUAUAAAAUGAUUGAAGCGGCGAAAAACUGACAUCUAAUAAGUGCAUGCUUAAUUAUCUAGCUUUAUGGACAAAAGUUAGGCGUUCUUGUUAAAGUAAAACUCCUAUAACCAUCCAAUUGUCGUCAAGAAGUAGUAAAGGGCUAUACACUGUUCUGUCUUUGUUGAUAGGCAAAAUUAGCGAACGAACGAAAGAAAAAAAGAAGAAAGAUGUCUUGAAUAAUGUAGCGAACUACUCCAUAUACCGAAUUAGAUAAAAUGGAAACACCGAUAAUGUUCAAACCAUUAAGUCAACAGUGGGAUUAAAACAAAGUAUAUGCAUCUUUCCAACCAGGCAUUUGAAGUUAUCACAUUACUUAUUAACUUUUUAGUUAUCUGAAUAGGUGUUAUUUCGUUUGAAGAAAACAGGUGUUUUUUCUUCAGCUUUGUUAGGUUGUAUGGCACAUGAUGAUCAACAGAAUUAAAGCUACGUAUUACGUACGUAAUUUCACGAGCCGUUAGGCGAGAGAAAUUUGAGACAAUUUUGAAAUAUCACUCGUGGUAUUUAUGCCAAAUAUCACUACAAAGAAUGCUAUUACCUAUACUAAUAUCACUGCAAAUUUAAAAGGCCUGUUUUAGCCCGAAUUCAUUGGGAGUCGUUGUCGAGUAAACUGCAGAGUACACCGUUGGGGUUAUUGGUUCAUAGUAAUUUCGGCCUUAAAAUGAAGCUGAUUUGGACCCAUUGGUCUAAAUAAGUCCCAGAAUGGGAUGAGACAGUUUUUAACGGGACUCCCACGCGCGCGAGCCCCAUACUCAUAGAAUAUGGUCAACCUCUUAUCGUUUGGUUGUCACGUGAUUGACCGAGCGUACGUACGUACGUAAGUACGCGUCUACGGAUUGUACGGGUAGGUUAGGGGAGACUAUAAAAAGGAAGGGAGGGGUGUCUCAGGCGUGUCUUGGCAAGUCCACAUCUUUUACAUUGGACAUUCACAAUAUGGUCAAUUGACAGCUGUCAAAACAGGAUAGCCACUGACCAGUAUCCCAUGACCAUAUAGCGGGCUCAUGUGUCAAGUCAUUGAGGUGACGUGAUUUAUUUGGAAGCUGUCCGCUGACCAGUUAAUUGUUUUACUAGAUCACGAUUAAUGUUCAAUCUCAUAGUUUUUAGCUAGUUUGGGAUCGGAGCACAGGAAAACUGAUACACAUUUUUGGACAUGAAUGUUGUGAUCAAUUGACAGCUGUCAAAACAAGGUAUCCGCUGACCAGUAUCAUUUGAGCGUAUCGCGGGCUCUGGUGUCGACCCAUCGAGGUCACUUAUUUUUUUGAAGUUAUCCGCUGACAAGGUACUGGUUUUCAAAUGAUCGCAGGCUCAAGUUUAAUGUUUUUUUAAAUUGAAAUGAAAUAUGUUAUGUUUAUGUGCCGCACAAUUAAAAUUUUGAUUUCAAACCGACCUCGGACGCGAAAGUUCAACCAGCUGCUACAGGCAGGGAAGACAAUUGCUUUGACUUUUCUCACCAUGUUCACGCGUUGGUCACGCUCUACGUCCAAUUUUUAUGCUCUGAUUGGUCAAAAUUUGACUUGCUUAAUGCGUAAGACGGUUGCAAAGUGUGAAGCGAUACUGGCCUUACGUGAUCCCAUUCAGGAGCUGCAUCUCGAGUGGUAAGCCAGAGUAAUUAUUUUAUUUGAUGUCUGUUUUUUAUGUCUAAUUUAGUGAAGAGGAGAGUAGUUUAUGCGGGUAUUUAGUUUAUGCACGUUUGUAAGAUUUGAGACAAUGAUCUGACCGAGUAUCGGGUUUGUUAUAAGCUUACAGAUCUUUAAAAAGCCUUUAGACAUUUUCUCACCGCAAAUAGAAAGAACACGUUCCAAAGAAUAUUUAGUUAUAAUUCUGGCUGUAAAAGAAAGUUUUGAGCGAUUUUCCUGCCUCGAGCUCGUCUUUGAAAAAAGGAAACACCGGGAAGCUGGCUUAAAACAUAAACUUCAGCUUUAAGCUCGAAGACUCAGGAUUUUUAGAGACACUUUAAUACUUGUCUUUCUGAAUGAAAAUUGUCGUCCCUGUAUAUGUUUCACCGAAUUAUAUUUCUUUUAUUGAUUAUUAGUAGUCUCUCUUGUAAUUUUAAUCGCUGUGCCGAUUGUUUUCAGUCGUUCAGUGAACAUCGCUUCCCGCAGUGCUCAAAAUGCUGCUCGUUAAACCAUUUUAACGUAACGGUGUUAAUGUUCAUUCAAACACUCGCUACAGCUAGCACUGCAAAAGUCAGAACCGGCUGGCCGUAUAGGUGAUUUUGGAAAUUUUUUUUUAACGGUUUAGCUAAAACCCUCGCGUGCUUCGAUCGUCCUGAAUAUUGAAUGAUAGCAAUUUGUAUUGCAAAAUUGUGAAAAACUUCAUUCUGUUGUCCGAGGUCUGUAUGAUAAAAACAGUGCCUCAUAGUACUGUUUCACCUCAGAGGUGACGUAUAAAUGAUAUAUAAGGUUGGUUUACACGCACCCAGAUUUGUUGGCAAGAUUUUGUAAAGUAAACUUUUCGAACGCAAAAAAUUCGCCCGGAAUUUUUUUUCCAGGCCUAAUUAACCUACGGUGAUCAAGAGCCAUUUAUGUGGCUCUUAACAAAUGUAAUCGAAGACGAUUGUGAGUUUUUGGGUGUACAUAUGAGGCUAUCAACUCGAUGUAAGAUUUGGUUCACUCUUGGGCUGUUAUUUUUCUCUAAAAUCACUUAGCCUUCCCUGAAAAGUCACAUCAUGAGUGUGCUCUACAGUUAGCUGAAUUGUGGAAUACAAGUUUGUUGUUUGAUUUAAAUUAUAGAUUUAUUAAUGGGGGCCUUGCUUUUAGCCCUGGCUAAAUCUAUAUAUUACAAGAGCUUUUUGGCUCAAAUCGAGUUCAAAUGACUCACUCAGCGAGAGGCAGUGAAUCAGAGACUUUAGGUUCCUAAGUGCUAAGAUGGCAUCUCUCGCUUUAAAAGCAGUUACAUUGUGUCAACCCUGUAAAGGACUAAUCACACUUUUCCUUCGUUUUCCAGUGGUGUGGUCAGCGUUGAUGUAGCUCUUAGCGAUAUCGACAUCAACCAAUGUGAUAACCAAUACACCUCUGAACAAGGAGACAAAGAGAAUUUAAUAGAGUUUAUGGGAACUCAUUUGUGCAAGCCAUCAACAAAGGCAAGAGCAUGUGAAUAAAGACAUUUUGAAAAUACAUUUGGUCAAUCAAUCCCUAAAGGGCGUAUUUUUAAAAUGGAAAAGCAGAAACACAUAAGGUAGGGCUGACUAAACGUCAUUUCUUUAGGAGAAUCCAAGAUACUUGAAGAUUUUAGAUUAGUUAAAAUUACGUCGGGAGAGACGAAAAAUCCAAAAUCCCUUUAAGGCGAGAUUCAGCGGGGAAGAGAAUCUGUGCCGUAGGAAACAUACCAUUCAUGAACCUGGAAAUUAGGUUUUAGAUUCCAUCUGAUGAAUCCUUUAGAAGUUUGGUUUCUUGAGAUACAAAACUCAUUUCUGGAUUUCCCUUCAAGAGGCCACACAUAAAAUCAUAAAAAAGGUGCCAAAGGUUGUUCAUGGGCGAAUAUAUACAUACUAUUUCAAAAGUAGGUUGAGUUUGAUCGUCCGAGUGAACGUAGUCCUAAAUAGGACUGUUGUUGUUGACAAUGACUGACGUUUCGACAACCUGUGCGGUAGUCAUCUUCAGAGUCCAAGUGAGUUGUAUCACGUCGGUUGAUGGUAUUAUACUCUAGUUAUUGAUCUGAUUGGUCAGUUACGUCGUGAUGUUAUUGGUCGUCUGUCAGUUAAGCCGUGAUGUUAUUGGCUACGAAGACUCGUAAUCAGUAAUUGGUGCGUUUCAGUUCGUCUAAUGUCACAGUUAAACAGUCGUCUAUUGUUAGUCAAAGUGUCAGUUCUCCAGGCCAGUCGUUCUCUCGUAGUUAGUUUUGCUUGAUCUCGUCAAUAAGUCGUUUGUACGGCGCUGGUAGCUGUUAGCUACAAUUCAGUGGCGUUUGUUCUAAGUUAGUAAACCAGCUUUCUAAAGCAAGACGUUGAUAGCAGUCUGUAGAAUACGUUAUACAUGUCGUAGAGUCCCAGUCAAUUUGAUGUUUCGUCUGUAAAUGGUGCUCAGCAAUGUGAUUGUUGACGUCAACAUUCCUCGUCACUCGUUUGUGUUCGGUCAGUCGCGUGCUUAGGUUUCUGCCGGUUUCACCAAUGUAAGAAGCCUGGCAGUCUCAGCAUUUGAUCUUGUAUACUGCUCCCUCUCUGUCCUCCGAUUUGUCUUUGUCCUUGACAUUAGUAAGCAGUCGCCGUAAAGUGGUUAUCGGUUUGUGUGCAACACGUAUAUUGUAAGGUUGUAAUAUACGUGCAAUAGUUUCAGAGGUGCCUCUGAUGUACUGUAUAGUCGCUGUUGUAACAGGGCCAGAGAGUGGAGUUCUCGAUCGAUACGAUCCAGGAUAAACAUGUCAGAAAUCCAAGAUUGCUAACCUAAUUCGUCACCCAUGAUAUUAAUAGGUAAAAAGGCUCGGGAAAUUAUUAGGAUUUGACAAAACGCGCGUGAAAUUAUUCCCUAAUUUCACUCUUCACCAUUUGAUUACACAUUCUUAUACAAUCAAUCGUAUUCUCUCUCCAAAUUACUUUCAGAUUUUAGAAUCACUGCGCUCAUGUUAGUUUAAGUCAUCUUAAAACCACUAACAAUGCUUUCGUCGGAUGAUAAAGCCUUUUCGGGGGAUGGGGGGGGGGGGGGGGUACAAGAAUCACUUUCUUAUGCAUGAAAAUCUUUUGCAGUAAUGACUUUGUUUUCUUACUCUCCGAUACAGUGUGAGACAGUUCUUAACCAAGGAUUCAAGAGAGGAAGCUAUGUUUGCACAUGCAAACGUGGCUUCUACUUCCCAGACGCACUUGCUCCAGAAAAAGCAUUCAACGGCUCUGUUAUUGAACGCGAACAUGAUCGGAUGCUCUGCGGAGAAUCGAACGCCUUCGAAAAUAACUUCGACUGCCGUCGUUGCAGUGAGGGAUGUGACGAGUGUGUUGAUGGCAGUCCAUGUAUUUACACUUUGAAGAUCGUGAUCCGUCUGUUACUGUGCUGUCUAAAUGGUGCUGUUAUGGUUUUGACGAUAGUGUUUGCUGUGUACGUGGCUCUCCACUGGAAGGAUAAGGUAUUCAAGCAAAGAAUAUCACGUGUGCGGUAUGACUGUCUCGGAAAUGGUUUUAAUAAAUUUCCUAAUUUUUUUUUUUAACAGAUUAAGUUUCAUCCGACUCUACUCGGCUUAUACACUACACAGUUUAGAAAUGAAUGAGAAGUGCGCCAGAAAGAUGCACAUAUCCCGCGACUUAUCUGAUACCCGCGUUUAAAUGACAUCUUUCUGGGGACGAGUCAAAUACUCAAUAGAUUAUUCCUAUUACUCAUUACUCAUUUGCUUCAUCCGCAGUUCAGAUAUUACGUAUAUUUCUUGUAUUCUUGUAUUCAAAUUCUACCUAAGUCAGAUACUAAGACAGCCAAAUAAAUCAAAUGUACGAAAGUUGGAGGAGUGAUUGAAACUAUCUUAAAAGGCCCAUCUAAGCUCAUUUUAUACACUCCGGGUACUUGGAGCCAGUUACAGAGAAAACAUCUGGUAUUAACUCAGUUAAGAACGCAAUAAUGCUAUAGAUCUGGGUCGAAGACAGAUAGAAACUUAAAUUUGAUGGCCCACGAAGCCUUAUAAUAUACUACUAGGCCCAUUUUCUUGGUGCGCCUUGUUUUUAAACCAUUACUGGUAUUUGCAGACAAACAUGAGAUAGAUUGCAGGGGUGUAAUCAAGGAAUAACUUCAUUCUGUUUUUCUUCUUCCUCACUAGAUUUUUAAGGCCUCGAGUCCCCGCUUCAUGGAGAUCAUUUUCCUGGGUGCUCUGCUAAUGUACUUAACGGUUAGUUCUCAAACUUUAUCACAUCUUCAACCUUUAUCAUCCUUGCGGGAUAUGUCCUACUCUUUAUAGCUACCUUCCUCCUAAACCCAUUUAUUUAAGUAAUAAAGGUAGUACUGGCGCCCUGAUUGACCGAGAGGCGUGUUUGUAUGAGAAUACGUAAACGUGGUUGCGACGUCAGGAUGUUUUGCUUUUAGCGCGCUUAUCAUGCAAGCAUGAAUUUGAAAAAGUUUUUGAGUUGAAAACUUGACAAUUUCAGUUUAUUUACCCUUUCGCUCGUCAACCGAAACUUGGAAAAUCGUUACAAACAUGCUAUGCCAACUUAUUUUCUUGUUUUUUUUUCUCGCUUAAGCUGACAUUUUAAGCGAGAAAAAUCCAUAUUUUCUGCAAAACAAGAACUGAUUUCGCGUGUAAGACUUCGCGACUGGUAAGAAUUUCUCUUUUAAUCAGUGCCAUAGAAAAAGGGUUUGCGCUUUUUCUAGAAAGUUAAUUUAUAAAUGCAAUAGAAAACUUUUACCUGUAUUUGCAUAGACUGAAAUAAACACGAGAGGGGUUGGGAGAUUUCGAGACAGUUAUGCAAACCCGAGACGAAUAACCCCUCUCUUGUUUAUAUCAGGCUUUGCAAACACGCAAAUCGUUUUCUAUUGGUGUUUUCCAAAGGGUGUUCCCAACUGCCAUAAUAAGCUCUCCGACGACGUUUUUUCAGCUGACUGAUGAAAUGGUCAAAAAUGGUGGCGAAAUUUGAUCCGUAUGGCCCGAUGAUUAAUCGCGUCAAUCGUAUUUUGAUUGUGUCAAGAGCCCAGUUGUCUGCGAUGCUUAUGGCGAGUGUUACGAACCAAAUGCUCGUUUUGUCGUAUUUAGCAUUCGAAACAUUAUUCAAGUUUUUUUUUUGUUUACUUUAUCUCUUUUGUUUACUUUAUAUAUGAUUGAAUACGGUAAGCAUAAACUAAGCCCAAAACGUGUUGUACUCCCUCAAAAAAAUUUGUCAUGUUACACCCAUACCUCCUACCUUAGCGUAUUAGUAGCGGAGCUCCACGCACGGCGCGAAGCGUCGAACGUGGGCGGAGCCCCAUAUCUAAGGAAAUCUACCUAUCCCAGAAAAUUUGGUAAUCACGUGACCGUACACCGAACGAAGGAACGACCGUCCGACCGCGCCACAGGGAAACUAAUGUUUACUCUCACACUCUCUAGCUAGUUUGGGAGCUCAAGAGAAAACUAAUUGCACACCAAUGUUGUGAUCAAUUGACAGCUGUCAAAACAGGGUAUCCACUGUACCACCUGACCGUACCGCGGGCUCAAGUAUCGACCCAUCGAGGUCGAGUAUUUUUUGAAGUUACCCGCCGACAAAUUACCAGUUUCAAAUGAUCGCAGGCUCAAGUUUAUUUUUUCCAGUGAUUCAUAUGAAAUAUGUUGUGUUUAUGUUAAUGGCCUCGCACUAUUAAGAAGUUUGAUUUUAAACUGAACUAGGACGCGAAAGUUCAGCCAGUUUUUUAAAAAUACAUGCGGGAAGUACCUUUUCUUACCAUCGUCACGCGUUGGUCAGGCUCUACAUCCAAUUUUUAGGCUCUGAUUGGUCAAAAUUUGACUUGUGAGUUCAUGCGGAAAAUUUAUGUAGUUGAAACUUGUUUACUUUGACAGCUGAAGCUGACAGAGUUUUGUGUCAACUUGUGAUGUUUUGAACUGUCCUCUUCCAAUGGAUGUACAAAAUGAAAUACAGCUGCUAUCAAGAGUCUUCUGUUAUUCAUGGCUGGUUUGUUUAUUGGGUUUUUGGUUGAGAAAUGCGUCGCUUGUCAAAAUUUGGUAAUCCGAUUUCGGAUGGCAUCGUUUUCGUUUUUCACCUCGCUUAAUGCGUAUAUUAAAGAGGUUUAAAAGUCUCAGGCAACUGUGUCUUCCUUGAUAGCUUUUAGGAACUGAAUCUCGAAUGGUAAGCUUGAGUAAUUAUUGUAUUUGAUCUUUGUUUUUGUUAUAUCUAAUUUCAUGAAGUCGAGCACAGUUUAUGCGGCACGUUUAUGCACGUUUGUAAGAUUUGAGUCAAUGAUCUGACCUACUAUCAGGGGGGAUUUAAGCUUACAGAACUUUAAAAGGCCUUCAGAUAUAUUUUCUCACCGCAAAUAGAAAGAAAACGUUUCGAAGGAUAUUUAGUUAUAUAUUUGGCUGUAGAAAGAAAACUUUGAGCGAUUUUCUAGCUUCGAGGAGUUCAUCUUUGAAAAAAGCAAACACCGGGAGGUCGGCUUAAAGUAAAACAUAAUUAACUUAAGCUUAAGCCUUAAGCUUAAAGACUCAUGAUUUUUAAAGACACUUUAAUACCUGUCUUCGAGAAUGAAAAUUGUUGUCUCUGUAAAUUUUUCGCCGAAUUAUAUUUCUUUUAUUGAUCGUCAGUAGUCUCUCUUGCAAUUUUAAUCGCUUUUACGUGCCGUUUGUUUUCAUCGUUCCUGGAUGAACAUCGCUUGCAGGAGUACUAAAAAAUGUCGCGCGUAUCAAACGCUUUAUAGGAUUACACAUCGUUAUAAGUGAAACCAUUAAAUAAAAAAAAAUAAUAAUAAAUUCGUUAUUAUGUUGAAGCGUAACUAUAUUAAAGUUCAUUCAAACACUCGACCACACUGACAGCUCGCGCUAGAAAUGAGAACCGGCUGGCCGUAUGGGUGAUUUUGGAAAUUUUUUGAACGGUUUCGCUAAAAGCCCACGAUUGAUCGUCCUGAAUAUUGUCUAAGUGCAAUUUGGCUUGAAAACUUGUGAAAUACCGCAUUCUGUCCAAGGUCUGUAUGAUAUAUAAGUAGUACUGUUUCACCUCAACUGUGAUGUAUAAAAAGUAUAAAAGGUUGGUUUACACACCCCCAGAUUUGUUGGCAAGAAUUUGUAAAGUAAACCUGUCGAACGCAAAAAAAUUCGCCUGAUUUGGUUUCCGAGAAAUUGUUUUCGAGGCCUAAUCUACUGUGAACAAGAGCCAUUAUAUAUGGCUCUUGAAUAUGAUGGAAGACGUUUGCUAUUUUUUGGGUGCACGUGUAAGGCUAUCAACUCGAUGUAAGCUGUUUCAUUCUAAAAUAACUGAGCCUUUCCCUCAAAUUCACAUGAAUGUACCCUUUAAGUUAACUGAUUUGUGGAUUACAAGUUUAUUGUUUGAUUUAAAUUAUAAAUUUAUUAAUAGGAUCUUCUCUUUUAGCCCUGGCUAUAUAUUAGUACUGUAGGGACCGAUUAGACACCUUUUCUGAGGGGUAAUCUCAUAAAUUUUUGAGGGAUACUUUAUCGUCGAUAAUGUCAUAGCCUUUUGUUUUCAUGAAUAAAGUCCGGAAAAUCUCGUUAAGAUAAGGUCGUGUGCUAUUUAUGGGUGGCCUACCCCGUUGGACAGGUUUUCUAAUUAUUUCUAGGUCGAUAAAUGUCUUGCUUUUUAGAUGGUUGACUAAAACUGAGAAAAGUGUUCAUUGGUUAAUUCAUGUUCGUAGUCACCGAAGUUCUAUUUCCUGCCACUUUCAUUGUGCAACAAAUUUUUCCAUUUCCGAUUCACUGGUUCUUGGCUUGCAAAUCGUGCAUAGUAGUAAUUUUGAAUACUAGCUAGCUUUUUCUAGCACCAAAUCAAACUUUUCACUUACCUUUUCCUGUCUUCCACAAUUCACUUACUUCGCUCCUCCUCAUUUUGUUUUAUUUUCCCUCCACCACCAUCACCACCUCAUUUCUAAUGUUUUUCCACCACCAUCACCACUAAAUUUCUGUUGUAUUCUCUCCGGCACCCCCACCAACAACAGACUUCAACUGUCCUCCCUAAGGCAGCACAACCACCCAUGUGCAAUUUUUUACAUCCACGACCACCACCACUGCAUUUCUAUCUUCUCUACCAACACCAACACCAACAACAUAUUUCUAUUGUUUUCCCUGCACCACCCCCCACCAGGAACACACUCAAUUGGUUUCCCUAAACCACCACCACCCAUGUGUAUUCUUUUACAUUCACUACCACCACCAGCUACCACCACCACAUUUUUAGUGUUUUCCCCCCACCACCACCACCACCACCGCCACCAGCAACACACUUCAAUUGUUUUCCCUCUACCACCACCACCACAUCUCUAUUUUCCCUCCACCACCCCCACCAGGAACACACGUCAGUUGCUUCCCUAAACCACCACCACCACCCAUGUGUAAUGUUUUGCAUCGACUACCACCACCACCACAACGACAACAACAACAACAACAACACACUUCAGUUGUUUUCCCUACACCACCACCCAUUUGUACUGUGUUGCUUCCCCCAAGCCGCCACUACCACCACCACCACCACUACCUUUCUAUUGUUUUCCCUCCACCGCCAUCGCCACCACCACCACGAUCGCAUUUCUACUGGUUUUCCUCCUUCUCCAACUACACAUUAUCUACCCCACAUUGACUCUCUAUUGGCCGUACAUCGCCUCCCACAUCAACCCUACAUCGACCCAACAUCGAUCCAACAAUAAAAAGAGGACGAGGAGGGGAAAUAUUACAGAGAAUAAUCGAAUUGAUCAUUUUUCAUCACGGUUCGGUGUUCUUAUGAUCAAACGGUAUUUUCCAGCAUCUUGAUACUUUCUUUUCGCAGCUCAUCGUUUCGUACUUCAAACCCACCGACAUCAGCUGUGUUAUAAAACCUUGGCUGCAGCACAUUGGCUUUUCACUCGUUUAUGGACCCUUGGCUCUCAAAACAUGGAGGUAUUGCAAAAAUCUGUUUAUUAACAUAAGAUUCCAGAAUUCUUGAUUUUUCUUAACGAUACGAAAACUACUUUUGGUUACACAUAAAAUGAUGGUGUAGGUAUUUUCAAGCAUCUGUACCCUUGCCUCACUUCUUAUGGCGAUACAGACAUUUGCGGUAUUUAAAACCAGUCCCAUAUUUCAGUGAUUGUAGAGUGAAUAAAUAGUCCGCAGUUAUGAGGAAGGUCCAAUGAUAGCCAUACAGUGAAGCGCAGCCACUACAGUUUCCACGUAUACCAGGGGACCUGUUGUCAUUUUAACAUUGUCUCAACCUUGGAUUGUACUGAAAAGUUCAUUUUUUUAUAGACUGCCUUCAUGGCUUGCAAUCAAUUUAAGUCAAAAGCGGAUAGGGAUAUGAAAGUAGAUCUGAUUGUUGCAGUUAAACUGACCCUGAUAAAAUACUGGGUUGAUCGAGGAAAACAUUUCUCGUCCGAAAUCUUUUCAUAAACUCCUGAAAAACCUAUACCCUUCAGGAUGGGGAAGGGUAAUUGCUGUUCAACAUUUGUUAUUGUUAGGCAUCUUUGCUCAAAUAUUGUUUCAGGUUCAAUCUAAAUCUCGUUCAGUAAACUGUGUUUAUUACGACCGUAUUAACUUAAACCUCAGUAUUUAUUUGGUGAUAACGCUGGUCACUGCGAAGAGUCGGAUAUGACUUCAGUUUUCUAGAAAUAACAAGGAAGUAGUGGUAGGAAGGUGGCAUCCUUUACCCAAACGAACAAGGAAAGCUUAGCUUGGUCUGAGUCAAGUAUUUUUCUCAGGUCAUCAGAAUUCUUUCUAUAGCAAGCAUAACUCAGCAGUUAAAAAUAACAGAAAUACUUCCAGCGCUCUCGAUGUUUUCUUUUCCUCCUUUCUUUGUAGGGUGGCAUUAAUUUUCCGCGUGCGUUCGGCUCAGAAGCUUGCACUUUCUGACGGGGUUUUGUUCAGACGCCUAUGCCUUCUCGUGCUGCUUUACUGUAGUUACUUGACUGCCUGGACCGCAUUUCACCCACCCGUUGUUGAAACAGCACGGACAUCUGGUGACCUCAAAUAUGAAAGAUGUGUCGAAAAUUGGUUCAAUCUCACUCUGAUAUUUGGUAAGACCGGAAUAAAAUAGGGAAUAACAUAUUUUGCAAAGACGCUUACGUUUACGUUUAUACAGGUAAUCCACAAAAGCAUAGCCAUCACGUGGAUAUAAGAAAGAAAAAUAAUAAUAAUGCAAAACAAACAAAAUAAACAAGAAAGUUUUAAAUGAAUCAAUAAAUUAAAUUAAUUAAUCAAUGCAUUUAAAAAAUAUUCCAGGCCAGCCUUGAAGCCUUUCAGGUUUGCCUGAGUAAUCACUUCAGCAGGUAGGCUGUUCCACAAGUUUAUCGUACUGGGAAAGAAACUCCCGUUCGCCUAAGUGCCACAGUUCACAGCAAUGUAUCUCGGGGGAUGGUACUGAUGGGUUCUGCUGUAAUGUAGUGGCUGGACAUGUAUUUGAGGGCACCGGGGUAGCCAACACACCCCUGAUUAUCUUGAAGAACAGCAUCAGCCUUGCUCUUCCUCGUCUUAUCGGUAAAGGCUCUCAGUUAAGUUCCUAGAUCAAACGCGUCACUGCCCCUUUCCGGUUCUCUAUCCCAGCAGUUCUCGCAGAGGCGCACCGCCUUGCACUGUGCAGCCUCUAUACUAUUAAUCUGGUACUUUUGAUGUGGUCAAAAUACCAAACUGGUGUAUUCCAAAUGUGGACGUCUGAAAUAGGAAUCGUUUGCGCGUAGGAACACCUACAUGGGAACUCCUAGUGGAUCGAGGGUUUUUGCCAUUCAAAGUGCUUACCAACAUAGACAAAGGGUAAUUUCGUCUGCCAGUUGGGCAACUUAUUGAGAGGUCUUUAUUGCAGUUAGAUAGAAAAUCCUGAAAAUGCAAUCCUGGACAAAAGUCCUUGGGACAGUGAUGCAGUAUUCAUAAUUUCCCGUUAUUUCUGGGUGCCUUCAUAAAACAGUACAUCCUUCUCGAAAAUUGCUUAAAGUUCUCUCUGCCCCACACCAUACUAACUUUUGUGUGCUGAUCAUGACAUUUUGGUCGACAAUACUGUUUGCAAGACGAUCAAUUAGGAUACUUUACAUUCCAGCCAACCGCAAAAAUUGGUUUAGCAAAUUGAAAACCACUAGACAAUCUCCUCUAAUGAUUCAUUUGCCAACCGAGUGUCUGCUAGCCGUCUAAUUUAACCUAUCAUUACAGGAGAUAUGAUGGUGCUGAUCUGGGGAAUGUGGCUUAGUUACAAGAUUAGAAAUGCCCCACCAGCUUACAACGAGAGUAAGAUGAUCAGCUGGGCCGUUUAUAGCGCCAUGUUUUUCACCAGUUUUCUCAUGGUUGUAAGGUCAGUAUUCCAAUUGUUUUGCUCUGAGCACCCUCGGCCGAUGUGAUGCAAUUAACUGGUUGCUAAACAUCGACACAGAACAAGCGAAAGAGUUACUGUGCAUGUCGCUAUCAUCUUAAGGAUUAGAUCAACUACACAUUCAUGGAUGCGAAGAGAUACUUACGAUUGGGUGAGUGAAAUAAGUUUAUGGAACCACAGAUUACCCUGUAGCCUGCGAACCCAGACAUCUUUCCUUUCGUCGCUUCUCUCCACCCGAGAGUAUAGCGACGACCGGAAAUACGCCUUCGUUCGCAGGCUACAGAUUGCCGACACUGACGGGGCAUUACCUGGGGGACGAGGCGAGGCAUCUACUAUAUUGUGAUGACUUUUCAUUUUCUUAUUUCUCUCUUUCGUUCCGUGAUUUUAGGACAACCACGAAAGGAAACACAAAUCCAGACUUGUUGUACGGGCUGGACUUUGUGCUGAUUCACAUGGAUUGUUCCACCGUGAUAGUUUUCAUGUUCGCUCAUAAGGUAUCGCUCUUGUUCGAUCCACUUUAGUGGUAUGUCUUUGUGCUGUUUUGUCUAAGAUUGUGUCCUUCCCAUUAACUUCUACGUUGCUAGCUCCCUACGGAAAAAGUAUACUUAGCUGGAGAAUGCCCUUGGCAGCUUGGGGUCACGUGAUCUCGGUACUCCUCAGCUAAAUGAACAAGUUGUAAGAAUUUGGGAGAUGUUUUCAACACGGUUAUAUAUAUUAACACCAACGUUUUGCGGUUUUCUGGUAUCUGCUUGGACAGGUUAUUAGAAUCAUUUAUACUCCUCUUUGGCAGAGUAUUGCAAGCAGCAGACUUAGUAUGACUCAAAAUGCUUUAUUGUUUUAUUUUGAUGUUUUUUUCCUAACAAUUUCUUAUCAUACUACUCAUGUCUCAAUUUUUAUUGAAGAAAAAAAUUCACGAGCAGCACACACCUGAAUACAUAUUUCAGUGUAAGAUGUGUAAUUUUCCAGUCAGAGUCUAAAACAACAGCGGCAACGAUCUCCAUUUAUCCCUAGGAAGUUUUCCUUAUCAAAAGAGGCAAUAAAUUUUGGCCUUCUGGAGAGUUUUGCUGUUGCUAUUGCUCUUUCCUGUGUCAAACAAAGGGCCAAGAAUACUUUCAAGUACCAGGGACAACAGUUCUCUAAUGCCGGAGUACAAAGCCACUUUUUAGAAAUAUCGGAUCAAGAGAGAAUUGAUCGCAUACACUGACGGUCACACCUUUUAUUUGCUGUUAGUAUUUACUAGUACGCCGGAUGCGGAGAGCAGUGAACGAUUGUACGUCGUCUCAUAAUAACAUGCUGGUUCCUGAGGAGGAGAUACUUGAAGACCAAAGUGCCCAUCAGGAAGAACAGUCGCUGAGAAUAGAGAAUCAAGAACUUAAGGUACCACUAGAACGUUAUGGAUGAGAAUCAUCAAUGCAGUAGCGUAAGAGAAAGAAAGAAGAGAGAGGGGAAGUUGAGGGAGAAAUAAGAUGGGUGCAAACGUUUUUGAUUUGAAAAUUUUGUUUUUAAAAAAUGUUACUCUCUGAGGAAAUGAAUUUUUAGACAAAAUCAUGCCAGCUAAGCGAGUAAUUGGGUGAUUCUUUUCAAAGGAAAUUUUGCCAUAGAUAAAACUUCACAGAGCUGUAUUAUUGCCUUGGUUAUGACUGUUAAUACCUUAAAGGUCAAUUCCUUUACAUGCUGUCUGAGGGCGGGGUCGUAUAAAUAGUCAAAAGCGUGGGUUAAAGUUAAUCGCAUUACAAGCAGUUCAAAAUUCCUAAAUCACCAAAAACAAGUCUUCAAAGUACGAAAAACCUUCGAGCCACCUUAGUAACAGAGCGGAGUGGGAAACACGGAAUGUGUAUCUAGAAGUAUGUAAAGUAUAGUGUAAUCUGCUGUUUAAGGAAAUAAUGCCACUGUAAAAAUUACAGAAGUAACAUUUCUUUUGUAUGUAGGAAGAGAUAAGACGAUUAAGAGUCAAACUGGCUACGCUCCAGUCCACCUUAAUGAAAGAAGAUAAGCAUCAUAUGAAAAAGCUAAGUGGCGGAGGAACAUUUAUCCGUAGAAAGAGUGCUUUCACCCUGUCACGUAAAGGAGAGGGACAUGUUCAUAAUAUGAGACGGCAUUCGCUUCAGUUAGCGCCCACACUACAGGAUCUUUGUAAGGGCGGACGUGAAAUCUCACAGGAGGGACCAAACAAGAGAGGAGAGUUGAGGGGGGAUUGCAACUCAGAGCUUAUUCCAGAGUUUAUUGAAAUGGGCCGCGAUAUCCUUUGUCCUCAGGAACUGAACCAGUCUGCUGCGUUUCUCUAUUCUGACAGCCUACACAGCAGAAUCUACCAUCCCAGCGGACCAACAUAG